AGCAGCUUGGCUCAAACAUCAACACUGCUUCUCCGCGACUGUCUUUCCAGCCAAGAACCCAUGUCGGGCGGCGGCUACACGGUCGAGGAAGCCAAGAAGGCCGCAUCCUUCUGGGACGUGCCUGGCGUCAAGGCGGGCGUGGUCACGGGAGACGUGGCCUGGGGCAUCCUGCAGCACGCCAAGGCCCACGGCUAUGCGAUCCCGGCCUUCAAUUGCACCAGCACCAGCACAAUCAACUCCGUCUUGGAGGCUGGUAAGGAGCUGAACCGUCCCAUCAUGAUCCAGUUCUCCGAGGGCGGCGCCGCCUUCAUGGCGGGCAAGGGGCUGCCCAACGAGAAGGGCGUGCUGCAGUCCUCCAUCCUCGGCGCGGUGGCGGGGGCGCAGUUCGUGCGCGCCGUGGCGCCGGCCUAUGGCAUCCCCGUCUUCGUGCACUCGGACCAUUGCGCCAAGAAGCUCCUGCCCUGGUUCGACGGCAUGCUGGACGCGGAUGAGGCCUAUUUCGCCAAGACCGGGGAGCCCUUGUUCACCUCCCACAUGCUGGAUUUGUCCGAGGAAGUGGACGAGGAGAACAUCGCCAUCUGCGCCAAGUACUUGAAGCGCAUGGCACCCAUGAAGCAGAUCCUGGAGAUGGAGAUCGGCAUCACCGGAGGAGUCGAGGAUGGGGUGGACAACACAGGCAUGUCGAAGGACAAGCUCUACUCCACCCCAGAGGAUGUCUUCAAGGUCUACGAAGGCUUGGCCCCCAUCUCCCACAUGUUCACCAUCGCCGCAGCCUUCGGCAACGUCCACGGCGUUUACAAGGCGGGGAACGUGGUGCUGCGCCCCGAGCUCUUGGGCGACUUCCAGAAGUACGCGGCCUCCAAGGUCGGCACCGACAAGCCCCUCUACUUUGUCUUCCAUGGCGGCAGCGGGUCCGAGAAGCAUCACAUCUCCACGGCGCUGGGUAACGGAGUCGUGAAGAUGAAUGUGGACACGGACACGCAGUGGGCCUACUGGGAAGGUCUUCUGAACUUCUACCGCGCGAAGGAGGGCUACCUGCAGGGCCAGAUCGGCAACCCGGAGGGGGAGGACAAGCCCAACAAGUCCUACUACGAUCCCAGGAAGUGGGUCCGGGAGUCCGAGACCGCCAUGGUGAAGCGGGUCAAGGAGGCCUGCGCGGAUCUGUCCAACGUUUGAGCCAAGCAGAGGGAGUCCUCGGUGAGGCGCAACUGACUGGCCACCCUUAGAGGCGAAGGGCGAAGGCGGAGGGCAAAGUCCCAGUCC